GAGCCGUGCAGGAAAUCAGCGCUCCCGGUCACAUGCAGCGCAGUGAAACCGGAGGGGGAGGAUGGCGGAGCGGGAUGCGACGGGGGAUCGACCCCUGCAGCCCUCUUUGGAGCCUUCAGAGCGUGCACGUGGACGGGGUUCCUCGGAUGAGAACGGGCACGCGGACAGCCCGGAUGACACUCUCUCCCCGACGUCCGUCAUUUACUUCCAGGAGGCUUUAAACUCCUCAAACUUGACAUUUGGGAAGCCUGGCUCCCUGUCGCCCGCUCCCCUCCGACAGUAUGACUUCAGGAUCGAACGCAUCGAGUCCAAGCGCAAAAAUCCUAAGGAUCCCAUUGCAAUCGAGAGGCUUAACUUGAUGAACAUGGCCAAACUGAGCAUCAAGGGCCUCAUUGAGUCGGCCCUCAACCUCGGACGCACACUCGACUCUGACUAUGCACCGCUCCAGCAGUUCUUUGUUGUGAUGGAGCACUGUCUGAAACAUGGGCUGAAAACCAAGAAGACCUUCCUGGGGCAGAACAAGUCGUUCUGGGGGGCGCUGGAGCUGGUGGAGAAGUUGACGCCUGAAGCUGGAGAGAUCACAGCCAGUGUAAAAGACCUUCCUGGCCUCAAAACUCCUCUAGGACGAGGUCGUGCCUGGUUGAGACUGGCUUUGAUGCAGAAGAAACUCUCUGACUACAUGAAGACCAUCAUCAACAGAAAGGACCUGCUCAGUGAAUUCUAUGAGGCGAACGCGUUGAUGAUGGAGGAGGAGGGAGCCGUCAUCGCCGGGCUGCUCGUCGGACUGAAUGUCAUCGACGCCAACCUGUGUAUGAAGGGAGAGGACUUGGACUCUCAGGUCGGCGUGAUUGAUUUUUCAAUGUACCUGAAAGAUGGUGGACACAGUAGUAAGAGUGCAGAGGGUGACGGUCAGAUCACAGCGAUUCUCGAUCAGAAGAAUUACGUGGAGGAGCUGAACAGACAUCUGAGUGCGUCAGUAAAUAACCUCCAGGCCAAAGUGGACGCUCUGGAGAAGUCCAACACAAAGCUCACAGAAGAGCUCGCUGUGGCAAAUAACAGGAUCCUCACUUUACAAGACGACGUGGAGCGAGUGAAGGAGGAGAGCUCGUAUCAGCUGGAGUCCAGGAAGGCAUCAAGAAGCGACUCGGCACCAGACGGACAAGUGCUGGGCGAAACACGCAAGCAGCUCAAAGAGGAAACUUUGCUUCGAUUGGAUGUGGAGAAGGAGCUGGAGGUGCAGAUCGGGAUGAAGCAGGAGAUGGAGCUGUCCAUGAAGAUGCUGGAGAAAGACGUCUGUGAGAAGCAGGACGCUCUGGUGGAGCUCCGACAGCAGCUGGACGACCUUCGCGUCAUCAACCAACAGCUCAGCCACAAGUCACAGAAUGCCGACGCCGGCUCCAAACAGAAGAGUGAAGCCAUCUCUCGCCUGGAGGAGAAAAUAAACCAGAUGAGCGGGACCGUAAAACAGAUGGAGACCAGAUGCAAACAGGCUGAGAAAGAGAGGGCUCUGGCUUUGGAGGCCAACCGGCUCUUCAAACAGGAGUUUGGGGACAAAAUCGAGAGUCUGCAGGCGGAGGUGGAGCAGCUGAGGAAGCACAGGUCUAAUCUGGAGCUGGAGCUGAGGAAAGAGCGAGAGCGAAGGAGUGAGCAUCAUCUCGAAGCCGCGUCCGGACAGUCCAGCUCUACUCGGAGGGAGAGGAGACUCCCAGAAAACAUACCAAAACGUGUCCCAGAAUCCCCAUCUGUCAAAAGGGAGAGCGACCAGUUAAACGCAGGAUCAGAGGACAAAACAAGUCUGAGCUCCAGCGUGUCCUCGAAGUCACAACAUGAAGACGAACAGGAUGAUUCCUUCGUGGAGAUCAGUCCGCCUUCCGUCUGUACGUUGUGUGAACAGGACGACUCCCUCCUGAAGACAAAGAAACAGUGUAAGAACUGCAGCGGUGUUUUCUGUGAGAGCUGCGUGUCCAACGAGCUGCCGCUGCCUUCCUCCAUCCUCCCAGAGACGGUGUGCACCGCCUGCUUCUCUCUGUUACUCCAACAGUACGCUUCAACGCCAACAUGAAACCACUCCGCAUUUUACUACAAUAACACACGCGGAAAACCAACCAGAGGCAUUCAGUUUGUAGAACUGGCACUGAGAAAAUGCACUUUUUUGACUUUGUGACUCGAGAGAUCUGGUGGAGUCCUGCGAGUUCUGGACUUGCGAUAUUUUAGUUAGUUUAGGUUAAAGAUGUCCAACGUUUCCCACUGAGAGCCGUCUGGAUGCAGGUUUUCAAACGCUGGUGUUGCCGUAAUUCUUUCUUUCUGGCUGAAAAUGUGUGUUUAGCUGCUUUGGUGAAAACUUGCAUUUAAAAAAAAGCUGUACAAAUGGCAGCUUAUGGCUUAAAAAAACAACUUGAAUCAUCUCAUGCAUUUAAAAAAAAACAAAAAACAGACUUUGCACAAUGUCCACUAAGUGGAUUAUUGAUUAAAAGGGUCUACUGAACAUAUAUUUUUUAAAUGAUUUAGUUUUAAAAGAUGAAAAAGGAAAAACUGGACAACUGUGCUGCAUUAUAACACAGCUAUUACUCUAUAUAUGAUGUAUUAUUUCACUCAGGUGAAGCAUGAAUUUACACUUUCCUUCUCAAAGUGGAUUCUGAUUCAUGCUGAUGCUGACAAAAUCAUAUCUCAAAACACUUUUGACCAAAUAUUAUAUUAUGCUAUGAUAUUUAACAUGCGUUAGCAAUUUGUGAAGGACUGUACGUGCUGUCAAAAAGCUUUUUAUGCACUCUAAAAUGGAAGUAAACCAUCAUAAAUACACAUAUACAGUAGUGAUACUAGUACUCUAAUGAGAAAAAACUGUAAUGCAGAAUUUAAGACCAGAAAAAUACAAAUAUUUGAGUUGAAUCACAAUGUUUUGAACGCAGACUGCUGGAGUUUUUCUAAUCUAUUACCAUGAUAUCAAUAUUUGAUGGACGUAUCAUUCAGCUUCGGUGUUCAGACUGUAGAAGAGAGUUGAAUUAUAGCACUUAUUCUCUGUAUUAAGUUAGAUAAGAAGAUUGAUACCACUCUUAAUGUCUGUCCGUUAAAUAUGAAGCUACAGCCAGCAGCUGGUUAUUUUAGCUUAGCACAAAGACUGGAAACGGGGGAAACUGUAGCAUGUACCUACCAGCAUCUCUAAAGCUCACUGGUUAACAUGUUAUAUCAUGUUUGUUUAAUCCGUACAAACAUCAACAAAGGUGGAGGAAUAUUUUUAAACUGGGAUUUUUUUUUUUGGGGUGUUGAAUGUGUUAAUUAGUGAGAUUAGAGGUGUAGUGGGAGGUAAAUUGUGUUACCUCUGAGUGUAGCUUCACAUACUCACAGAUAGGGGGUUUUUUUUGUUGUUUUUUUGUGGGCAAAAAUCAUCAUCAUCAUCAUCAUCAUCAGCAGUCUGAGUGUUUGCUUUUUGCACAUAACAAAUAAAAAAAAAACUUUUUAUCUGAGAGUUAUGUUAAGAUAAUGAUAAAUAUUUGAGCCGUGCUCACGCUGUAGCUUCAUAUUUACCGUACAGAUAAAAAGAGUGAUAUGGAUCUCUGAAAAUAAGAGCAUGUACUGAAAAUAUCAGACUACAACGCUAAGUAUUCUGGGUAAAAUCUAUCUUAACUCUAGCUGUUGUGUUCAGUUUUAUAUUAGACUAUUUGACAAAGAAUAUUUUGUCACAUCAGAGUCUGGUUGAUCUUGAAACAGUGCAGCAUUUCAAUUCUAAACAUUCAGAUAUUUAGAUUCUAGUCUUUUCUCUGGAUAAUCUUUUUUUUUUUUUUCUGAGCGUCUUAUCAUAUUAUGGCACUUUUUAAAUGCAUGGCUCGCUGCCUGGCUGGUUUGAAGUGGACACUCGUCCGUGCAUCUUUAUAACAGCUGUUUUUAUGUUUUGAUUUAUAUGGAGAAUAAUUAGAAGCUCAGUAAAUCUGGUUUAGUGGUUCUUGUUGAAGCUGAUUAACACGCUCGAUGGAAACGCUUCUUAGAUUGACAAUAAACUUUUAUUGAAUGUUA